AUGGCGCCACCACCUCCAACCCUCCCUCCACCCUACCAUUCCCUCCCCAACGUCCUUUCCCUCCCCCGCCGGCACGCCCGGCUCCCCAUCCGACACCUCCUCACAGCGCACGCCCUCGCCGUCGUCGCCGGCCACCUCUCCCUCCCCGACCCCAACACCCACACGCUACUCCUUGCCGCUUACUCCCGCCUCGAGUGCGCCCGCGGCCCCUACACACUUCUCCUCCUCUUCCGCUCCUCCCUCCGCCUCUCCGUGCCCCCCACCCGCCGCUCCCUCCCUCUCGCCGUCUCCGCUGCCUCCUCCUUACGCCUCCACCUCCCGCUCGCACUCUCCCUUCACGCCGUCGCGGUAACCCGCAACCUCCUCCAGUUCGCGCACGUCGCCAACGCCUUCGUCUCCCUCUACGGCAAGAACGGGCUGCCGGACUCCGCGCGCAGGGUGUUCGACGAAAUGCCCACACCGGACGUCAUCUCCUACAAUGCUCUGAUGGACGGGUACAUCAAGACUGGGCGACUGGGGCUUGCCAUGAAGGAGUUCCAUCCGAUGCCGCAGCGGGACGCCGUGUCCUGGGGCACGGUGAUAGCAGGGUGUGCGAAGGUCGGGCAAUGGGAGGAGGCGGUGGCGCUGUUUAACAGGAUGAGGGGCGAGGGAUUGAGGCCAGACGAUGUUGCAUUGACUGCAGUGCUGUCAUGCUGCGCACAUCUCGGGGCGCUAGAGAAGGGAAGGGAGGUCCAUGAGUAUGUAAUGCAAAGCAGGUCCCGGCCAAAUGUGUUCUUGUGCACAGGGCUUGUUGAUCUGUAUGCAAAAUGUGGGUGUGUUGAGGUUGCCCAGGAGGUGUUUGAUUGGUGCCCUGUGAGGAAUGUGUUCACCUGGAACGCGCUCAUCGUCGGGCUGGCAAUGCACGGGCAUGGCACAGUGGCAGUCAAGUACUUCAACCGCAUGCUGGUUGAGGGGGUUCGGCCAGACGGAGUUACCUUCUUAGGGGUCUUGAUCGGUUGCAGCCAUACCGGCCUGGUUGACAUGGCAAAGAGGAUCUUCUCCGAGAUGGAAGGCAAGUAUGGCGUGUCUCGGGAGCUUAAGCAUUAUGGAUGCAUGGCUGACCUGCUUGGUCGAGCCGGGCUCAUCGAGGAAGCAAUGAAGAUGGUGGAGAAGAUGUCGACGAAAGGGGAUACUUACGUCUGGGGAGGUAUACUCGCUGGUUGUCGAAUGCACGGGAAUGUGGAGGCAGCAGAGGUUGCAGCAAGACAUUUGCUGGAGCUCAACCCUGAAGACGGCGGGGUAUACUCUGUCCUGGCCGGGAUCUAUGCAGAUGCUGGCAGGUGGGAGGAUGUUGCAAGGGUUAGGAAACUGAUGGAUCACAGGACUGGUAGGAGAAAUGUUGGUUGCAGUUCCAUUACAACGAACCAAUAA